CGCGCUGCUCAAUCUUAACCCUUAGAAAAUGCAUCUUUUCGCUCGGGAUUUCACCGCGAGGAGUUCGCUCACCACCGCGCGACACGGCAACGUCAGAUUCCGUCCUGCGGAGGCGGCUACGCAGGCGAGUUGAAGCCGGAUUUCCCUCCUCCCCACCCUCCCGGAUGCAGGCGGUGGUUCGCUCCGUAGUAGGUGGGACUGGCGAGCGGUGUGCAAGCAGGACGUCGUCGAUCAAUGAACUGAAGCGGAGGCUCGCUCGAUCUCGAUCAACUGCUGCACAUCAAACUGAGCUAACUGGUUAAAUGUGUCACUAGCGAAGCAAAAAAGAGAGGGGGAACACACACACACACACACACACGCUUUGUUCCGCUUAACUAAGUCGCUCAGUAUGGCCACGUUCUAACCAGACCGGUUAUUAAUUUCGAGCCUCACAAACCGCUUCCGACCUUUCCAUUCAAUCUGCGAUUAUAUAUAUUUUUUAUAUACAUAUAUUUUUUUUUGUGGAGGAGGGGGUGGGGGAGUCUUGCUUCUAACCUCCAGGAUGAUCUUUGCAAACACGGGCAACCCGCUGAAAGCUGCUCCUCGCAAGCAGUCGUACCCCAUGACUCCGUCCAGUCCAAGCAGCAGCAGCAACAGCAGCAGCACGGGCCUGGAGCAGCUCAGCAAGACCAACCUGUACAUCCGAGGCCUGCCGCCCGCCACCACUGACCUGGACCUGGUCAAACUCUGUCACCAGUAUGGCAAGAUUCAGUCGGCAAAGGCGAUUCUGGACAAGACAACCAACAAAUGUAAAGGUUACGGCUUUGUGGACUUUGACAACCCAGCGGCCGCUUUGAAGGCUGUCCACGCUCUGAAAACCAGCGGCAUUCAAGCCCAGAUGGCCAAGCAACAGGAACAAGACCCCACAAAUCUGUACAUUUCCAACCUUCCUCUGUCCGUGGAUGAGAAAGAGUUGGAGAACAUGCUGCAGCCUUUCGGCCAAGUCGUUUCCACGCGCAUCCUCCGCGACUAUGGCGGCAACAGCAGAGGUGUGGGCUUUGCCAGGAUGGACACCACCGAGCAGUGUAACGCCGUGAUCUCACACUUCAACGGGAAAUUCAUCAAGAUGGCCUCCGGAGCUCUGACUCCCUCUCAGCCCUUGUUGUGCAAGUUUGCAGACAGUCAAAGGAAGAAACACGCUCACGGUGGAUUUGUUCCCAACGGACAGUCGGGCGAUCUCAGACUAGGCGCAAUGACUCUUACUUACGAUCCUUCCUCAGCAGCUAUGCAGAACGGGUACUAUCCGUCUCCGUAUCCGGUGACCAACAGGAUAAUGACCGUGCAGCCGGCGAUGUCCCCCUACAUGUCUCCUGUCUCUGCUUACCAGGUUCAGAGUCACUCUUGGGUGGCACAUCAGCCGUAUAUCAUGCAGCACCCGGCUCCGGUGAUGUCGCCCUCUGUGGAUCCCUCCAUGUCACUGCACCCCUCUGCCAUGAUUACUCAGCAAAUGGGUCAGCUGUCGCUGGGAAACACCGGAGCCUAUAUUACAGCCAACCCGGGGGUCCAAGGUGCUUACAUGCCGCAGUACCCACCUCUGCCGGGAGCGCCGGAAAACGGCACGCCACAACAAGUGGAUUCUUCCAACAACUCAUCCCCUUACAGUCAACUCAGCAAGUAACCACAGGCUCGGCGCUUCCUCAGCAAGCCCCGGAGGGUUGGUGGGAGUGGGCUGAUGACGUCGCCGUCAUAGCAACCCUCUCCGAUUGGACCAGACACACAAACGUUUUUUGCACAGCCCUUAUGCUUGUGUCGGAAGGACAGUGAAAAUGCACUCAAAGCAGUUGGCUAAAUCACACACACAAAAAAAAAAGAUGAAGAAAAAAAAAUAGAUUUAUUUUGAUAAGAAACAACAUGCUCUUCAAGAUUCUCUUUUUUUCAAGAAGGAUUCUCAAAUUCCAGAGGACACUCCCUCCCCCUCGACCCAAUUGUCCACGGCGUGAUGUGAUUUUACAUGCAUGAUAUUGCAUUGUUGUUUUUGUAUGAUUUAAUAGUCCCCCCCCCCUUCCUCCUGCAAAAACCUCGUUUGCACUGACUUCUAAAGUUUUAAAGAAAAGGGUGUCGCGUUUCACAAAUUUGUCACACAAUCACGAGCUUGAAAGAGGGGAGUGACCACGUCAUGAUUUUAUUCUCGGAAAAGGUGCCUUCCUCGCCGCCGCCAUCGUCCGCGUUUCUCAACGAACUUGAUCAGGUGUCAUAUUUCCCCGUCGUAUUUCCAUCUGAUCGAAUCCCACGCAGGGAACGUGUCGCUAUCUAGUCUUCUGGUCGCAAUAAAGACAAUGAGAGUCUCACUGCAAUACUGAAUGGGGGUUGGGAUAGUGACAAACUCAAGCAGCAUAACUUAUUUUUCCUCCACUUUGCUUUUUUUUUUUUUUUUUUAACUAACUGCCAAAAUGACAUGAAGCAAGAGCUGUGCUUUUUUUUUUUUGGUUUUUGUGGAAAUUACACAGAAUUGGCCUCUUUUCAAUGCAAUUUUUUUUCCGCUUCCUUUUUCCUCUCAUGGUCAGUUUGACCGGUGAUCUACCUCAUGGUUCUGUGUCUGCCGGUGUCGUUGGGUUUGCAGGUAAAGCCCGUUUUUUUUUUUGUUUGUUUUUUUUUUGCACCAGAGCGGAUGAAUCAGAACAAAAGCCACGCUCGGGAGCUGGCCAACUAGGACUUUAAGCAUUACGUCUCCUCCCGCAUGCAUGAUUUUUAUUUUCCUUCCACGCUUUUGACAAUUUGUGACUUUGCCUCGUCUUUAUUCGUCAUUGCUUAUGGUUUAAAUGUUGAUUUUUUUUUUUUUUAUUUUUUUUUUUUUUCUUAAGAAUCUGAGUGCAGUUUAUUUUCAAUGCUCCAUCUAGACAGUUCUACUCAUUUUAAGAGUAUAUCAUAUUUUUUUUGUGGCCCAGAAGCAAACAAUGAGUCUUCCUGUUUGUCGCUGAUUAGAUUUGUUUUAUUCAUUUUGCCAGGAAAUCUCACAAAAUUCCAUUUUCUUCAUUUUUAAAAAAAUGUGUAUUUCAAGCAUUUUUACCAAAUCCCUACUUAAUCCCAAAAGUCAUAAUACACUUUUUUUCCCCCAAUAUUUUGUGUAAGAAAUCAUUGUGACAGACGUCAUCAUUUGACUUUUUUUUUUUUUUUUUUUUUGGUAAGCAUAUUCCCUCGCCUGUGGCUCGCCGAUGUACAUCGCAUACUCCAAUUUCCGCCUGAGCUUUUUUGAGCAUCGUGAUUUUUCCCGCUUGAAGCCUUUCAAUGCAACCCUCUGGAUGGACUUCCCCCUGGCUUUGCACAAACGGCCGCUCUAAGAGUUUGGCGUUUUCAUCAGUUGGCGGCAGUCGCAGGCCUUCCGCUACCCGCUCGUGACGGACAGAUCCCGUUUCGAGAAACUUGCCUUGAAGAGCGUACUUUGUACGACGCGUUGUCCAAAUAAUGCUCAAAACGGGGAAAACAGUGUAGUGUUUGGGGACACCAUGUAUACGUUACCCCAAAAAUGUUUGUGUUAUUUGAUUUUUGGGUGAAAUUUGAAGAUGAACCUAAAACGUGCUAGAAUAUUUGCUUAAUUUGACAGAUUUCCUUGGAAAUGUUCCUGGCUCCAAACAACUGUUGUAAAAAAAAAAAAUGGCAAGUUGUGCAAAAAGUGCCCAAACUCUCGUUAGCUCCUUCCAUACUGUUCAGUAAAUGAAUUU